AUGUCCCAUAUUUAUCAAAAUGAGCAAGACCAUGAUUCGGAGGGUCUGCCUCUAUCUGUUAGACGGUACGGCUAUGAAGACAAAGAUCAAUUUGCUCAAAUACUUACCCUCGAACGUGAACGUCUGCUUGAUUCAAUGCGCUAUUCUCGUGAAAUUUCCGACAUCGAUACUGGAUCUGGCAGGAGCGAACAAGAGCCAACUACUGAGAUCACAGAAUACAUCAUCUUCUCCAUUGAUCCCACUACCUUCAACCAGGAUUUCCUCAGCUCGGAUACUAUCCUAAUUCCUUCACUCCGAACAUUUUUCAACCCGAGUACCAAAACACUCACUGUCAAGAUGCAUACCCAAAUUGCCUUCGCGGUGCACAGAGCCAUCGAUAAGGCCCUGGCACGAAUGGGACUUGACGAAGCCAUACACGACUACCAAGGAGUCGAUAUCGAUGUAAAUGGCCUCCAAAAACAGGCAGAUAUGGGCUGGGGGCCAAGGCGACCUCCUCGCGGCUGUCCAAAGCGGCCCUCGGUUGUGUUGGAAGUUGCGGCAUCCGAAACGCGAAAGAAACUUCGACGAGAUGUUGACCUUUGGCUUGACCCAGGAGGGAAUGCAAAUGUGGUGAUUGCAAUCAAACUCAGUCGCCAGCGAGCAAUGAUCGCUAUUGACUUAUGGAUAUGGGAUACCGUUAACGGCAAAUCUAUCAAUUCCCAACACAUUGAGGUGUCUGAAAACGAAAAUGACGAAGUAAAACUUUCUGGAGGUCCCCUCGUCAUCCCUUUUCGUCUCCUCUUCCUACGAGAUCCCCAAACACCACGAGAAACCGACGUGAUCAUUGACAAUGAAUGGCUACAGAAGAUUGCCGUGUGGGGGUGGGACAUGCAAUUUUCGAACAGCCGUUGA